UGGAAGUGAUAGGCUUAGGAAGACACUUGAAAAAUACGUCAAACAGGCAACGACGAACAACAGAGCAACAAGAGGCAAAAGCAAGCCAACAAGGCAACAGCCCUCCAUCAUCGCCCCCCGUCCUCUGCUACCACCCAACACUUGCCACUGCCUACGCUGCAUUUGCAUUACGGCUGCUGCGGCUGCUGCUGCUCAUCCUUCCCAUGCCUGUCCACUUAUAUCUCUCACCCCAUCAAUUCAUUAUUAUUAUCAUUUUCUUUCUUAUUAUUUUUUUUUCUAAUACUAAUUGGCCAAUAAAUCCAUCCACCACCACACCACUACUCCAGUCACUGCAAUAAAUUCAUCCACACAAAGACGUUUAGCUACCAGCCAUCUCUUCCAGCAUUGCUCCCCUUUUUUUGUGUUAUCGGUUGGAAGAAAUCACAAGCAUCCAAAAGGAAAUGCCCUUUGGGCCUAUUUAUAUUUAUUAUUUAUAAAAUAGGAAAAGGCAAGAGGGUGUGUUGGAGGCUGAGAUUUGAGACUUUGAGUUGUGUGUGGGAGAGAGAAGAAUCCCAAAGCUCCUGUCCCAGCCUUGGCACCGUUAUCUGCUUGGAUGCCCCUCUCUCAUUUCAACAACUGUUUCCACUUUUCUUACUUAAAUGAUAAUUAAUUAGCUGAUAUGAAGAACAAAUCCCAGAGCUUCUAUUUCCUUACCUUUUGUUUCUCCGGCCCCUCUCCAUGGCUGCUGCUUGUGCUCUUCUCGGUGACAAUGGUAGAGAAAUGGAUGCCAAUGGCAGCGCCGGCGCGAGCUUAACUCCUUUGACCAGUACCUCCAUAAGCAGCGGCUGCGACCAACUAAAUCAUCAUUUUCAGCGUGCAAAGAUGGUGAGGAAGAGGACUGCUUCCGAAGUGGAGCUCCAAACUGGCUCUUAUCACAGGUUUUCACGCCGACCUAUCACCGCAAUGAAUCCUAAUCCUCUCCACGACAUGGGUGGGGGUGGCUCUUCUUUGUCUUUCCCAUCUAAUAAUAUUUCUUCAAGGGAUGACAACAGCAACAGCAACAGUGCUACCCCAAAUUCUACCCACGUCCCCAACCACUCCACUAUCUCACCUUGUUCCACGAAUUCCACUGUGACGUCUUCAACAAACUUGGCUUACAUUGACACCUUGGCUCCUCUACCUCAGCCACCCGCCGUGUGUGGCUUCUCCGGCCUGCCCUUGUUUCCACCCGAAAGAAAUAGAAACACCAGCGGCACCCUUGCUUCAGCUGCGUUUCUUCCGGCUCCUGCUGUACCCCCUCUCACGCCUCCUUCCAUGGAAGACACUACAGCAACGGCCUGGAUCGACGGCAUCUUGAAGGACCUCAUCCACAGCUCCACCAACGUUCCCAUACCCCAGCUCAUCCAAAAUGUGAGGGAGAUCAUACACCCUUGUAACCCUAACCUGGCCUCCAUCCUCGAGUACAGACUUCGUUCUUUGACUGACCCAAACCCCAUCCCUAAUUACCCGGAAAGGAGGAGGAAGGAUGGGCCUCCGGUGGGUUUGCCGAGAGCAUAUCAGCAGCAAGGGCAGGUGCAAGUGUCUUCUUCUUCUGGCCUUAAGCUCUAUCUGGACUCCGGUCUGGACAACCUUCACUAUUCCCUUCCUGAUUCUGCGGCUUCUCAUGUGAUGAAUCAUUACUUGAACUGGGGUUUGACGCAACCCCCCACCACCACCGCUGAUGGACAAGCCCAGCACCUCAGUGACCACCAGGCCAGCCCUUCCUCUGUAGCUCCAGUUCUGUCAUUGAAUCAAGUGCAUCCGCCGCAGCCGGCACAGCCCCAACAACCGCAAAAUUCUCCUCAGUCAGCAGAGCCAGCCGGAGCGGCAGCAACAAUAACAACAGCCCCGACGUCAGCUGCGAUUGUAACUAAAGAGAAGAAGGAAGAGACGCGGCAGCAGAAGAGAGACGAGGAAGGGUUACACCUCCUGACCCUACUCCUGCAAUGCGCCGAGGCCGUUUCAGCUGACAACUUUGAAGAGGCUAACAAGAUGCUGCUUGAGAUUUCUGAGCUCUCCACUCCCUUUGGAACUUCGGCGCAGCGGGUUGCGGCUUACUUCUCAGAAGCAAUGUCAGCAAGGCUGGUAAGUUCGUGCUUAGGUAUAUAUGCGACGCUGCCCACAGUGCCGCACAGCCAGAAAUUGGUAUCGGCCUUCCAGGUGUUCAACGGCAUUAGCCCCUUCGUGAAGUUCUCGCAUUUUACGGCGAACCAGGCCAUACAGGAGGCGUUUGAGAGGGAGGAGAGAGUGCACAUUAUAGAUCUGGACAUCAUGCAAGGCUUGCAGUGGCCGGGGCUUUUUCACAUCCUAGCAUCCAGACCCGGUGGCCCGCCCUUUGUUCGCCUCACUGGACUUGGGACCUCCAUGGAGGCCCUGGAAGCCACAGGCAAGCGUUUGACUGAUUUUGCUGAGAAAUUGGGCCUUCCCUUCGAGUUCUUCCCUGUUGCCGAGAAAGUUGGGAACUUGGAUCCCGAGAGGCUCAAUGUGAGCAAGAGGGAGGCUGUUGCCGUCCAUUGGUUGCAGCAUUCCCUCUACGACGUCACAGGUUCCGACACCAAUACGCUGUGGCUCUUGCAGAGAUUAGCACCAAAAGUGGUGACUGUUGUAGAGCAAGACCUGAGCCACGCCGGCUCCUUCUUGGGAAGGUUCGUGGAGGCCAUACAUUACUACUCGGCGCUGUUUGACUCGCUUGGGGCGAGCUACGGAGAGGAGAGCGAGCAGAGGCACGCUGUGGAGCAACAGCUUCUAUCCAGGGAGAUCCGAAACGUGCUUGCUGUUGGUGGGCCUUCGAGGAGUGGAGACGUCAAGUUCAAUAACUGGAGGGAGAAGCUUCAGCAAUCGGGUUUCAGAGUGGUUUCACUGGCUGGGAAUGCAGCCACUCAAGCCACUCUUCUCCUGGGAAUGUUCCCGUCUGAUGGUUACACAUUGGUGGAGGACAAUGGCACCCUCAAGCUUGGUUGGAAAGACCUCUGUUUACUUACUGCUUCUGCCUGGAGACCAUUUCAUGCUGCUGCUACCACCACACCCACCCACCACUACGCUCAUUGAGAAGAGAGAGAGGAAGAAGCUAGCGCUUACUGCUUAGCUUACAAUUCAUUUUUUGUAUUUCUCUUCUGAGUCAUCACAUUUCCAACUACUGUAACCACCAGGCGACCUCCAAAAUUUGAAUGCAUCCACUAUAAAUGUACUGUGUCUAGAUGAAUGUACGGCCUGUUAUUGUUCA